AUGUCACAACCAACAAAACCCACAUCAUAUCUAAGAGUGGCAGCAAAGAUUCUGCGAACACUGAAUAGAUCUAAUGACAAAAAGAGCUCUACCAAACCAAAAGACUCUACCAAAACAACCUCAAGCUCCAUCUCUGAAUCAUUCACAUCCACUGCAUCCACCACAUCCAGUUUUCAGCACUCAAAUGGCCGGAGACUUUCCUAUAGCCAUCAUCAUCCUGCUAGUUUUCAACAUCAUCAUCAGACCUAUCGGACAGAAAAGUAUGAUUCCCCUUUGUAUACACUUCAACGUCGACGCAACACCGACAGUACUCUUCCUGCACCAGGUACCAUUAAGGCACAACAUUGUACAACAGCCGCCAAGACAACACCAAAGGACGUCCUGAGUUUCCCAUCACCCACGAGAUCCAUGACAACAGUCUCAGCAUCCAAAACAUGUAGACAAUCUGGCUCUCCAACCAUUCGUCCAUUGAUCAAUAGUCAUUACGACGUCCAGCAUACUCCAACCUCUUUCUCUCCCUCCGCAUCCGUAUCCUCAUCCACAUCCUUAUCCCGUAGUAACUCUCUUCCUAAUUAUCGUCGAAAACAAAUUCCGUCUCAGAUUGCUACUCUUCCUCUCAGCCAGCAGCAACAACAGAAACAACAACAGCGGCUUAAAUAUCAGUCAGCAAUGGCCCCCACGAUUGAGGAGGGUAAUCUCGCACAGACCGCUAUCUUAAGCCAGGAUAUUGCUUUCCCAAUUUCUACUAAAGCACAGUCUAAUAAUUGCAACAAUGAUUCUGAGAUUCUGAAACAGGAACAAUGUAAUAUUUAUUAUAAACCUGUAGGGACCCCUCGUGGUCCAGCUAAAUGGCGCAGAAGCGAUGACAGCAAGACUAUCGCCAGUAGUAGAUACUCUAACUCACCAAUGUCAGUCUCUGUCCCAUCAUCAGCAUCCAUGUCACCAGUAUCACCAAUAUCACCAAUGUUCGAAGCACCAUCGAGAUCUAUGACGAACACCAGUCU